AUUAUAUUAAGUUACUGGGCGUCGAAAAACACAGACUUUUGAGUGGAUCCUAAGUGCAAACUCCACACACUUUUAUGAACCAAAUUCAAUGACUUGAUUCACACCAGGAAUUGAGUGAUUUUAGUCACAAGUAUAGCACACAAUUCGUAUCAAUAAAUAAUGGAUCAUAAGACCAUUGAAAACUUCACACAAACUACUAAUUUAAUGGAUGGCACCCAAGUAGUCGGCGACAGUUAUGGACCAAAUUUAUGGUCGCUUUCAUUAACUCUUUCUCAUAACUCAAGUAAUAGCACUCCGUAUAAUGAAAGCCAUUUCGGGGACGACUAUAACCUCACGACAAAUGUGUCGAUCCCGGAGCCCAUGCAACGGGUGUUUAACAUUACACAGACGACACCCAUUGAGUACGCGAUGGUUAUGUACGGCUAUAUUAUGCCAUUCCUACUGAUCAUGACAUUAGUGGCCAAUAUUCUCAUAGUGUUAGUGUUGGCGCAGAAACACAUGAGAACACCGACUAAUAUAGUGCUCCUGUCGAUGGCCGUGGCCGACAUGCUGACCCUGGUGUUCCCCAGUCCCUGGUACUUCUACAUGUAUACGCUGGGAUAUCACACUGAGUUGCUUUACCCACCGGUGGCCUGUUAUGCCUAUUCACAGAUGAUUGAAGUGAUUCCCAUGUUUUUCCACACGGCGUCCAUAUGGCUCACCAUCUUAUUGGCCGGACAAAGAUACAUAUACAUCUGUCACCCAGUGUUGGCCAAGACCUGGUGUACAAUCCCGCGUGUGAGCCGGGCCAUAAUCACCAUAUUUAUCAUGUCUUUUUCGGCACAAUUUAGUCGUUUCUUUGACUCAUUCUAUAAGUCAGUGGAGUUUGAGUCAAAUGGUGUGACAUGUAUGGGUUGUCAGCAAUUGAUGGCCGAUUGGGUGGAAAACUAUCAGAAUUUCUACUUUCCGUUGUAUUUCGGGUUUCGCAUUAUAUUCGUCAAUAUGGGUCCCUGUCUGGCACUGGUAGUCCUCAACGUAUUCCUAUUCAUGGCUCUCCGGAGGGCACAAAGAAAACGAAAGAAACUCUUUCAAGACAAGCGAAACACGGAAUCCAAGAAUAUUCGUGACUCCAAUUCAACCACAUAUAUGUUGAUGGUAGUGGUGACCGUAUUCCUCAUGGUGGAGAUCCCCAUGGCUGUGGCCACUCUCAUACACGUGUUGGCCAACACCGCGAUCAUACCGUUCCCCGAUGAGAAUUUCAAAUACUUGAAAAUUACUAUUUUGAUCACAAACUUCAUAAUUAUGUUGAGUUUUCCGCUAAAUUUCGCCAUUUAUUGCGGGAUGAGUCGCCAGUUUAGGGAAACGUUUAGUCAGUUAUUUAUCAAAAAACUCAGAGAUCAAGUGCAAGGAUCAAAAUCGGCUGUCACUACAGCUACUAACCUAUGAAAUGUUGUAUACAAUGUAUAUCAAUGUAAAUAAAUAUAUAAUAUUAGAUAUACGAUCAAGUUAUA